AUGGAGGGGAGGAGGAAGUGGACUUCUGCCCUCAAGAAAGCGUUGAUCCCCAGCUGCUGUCGAGACUAUGGUAAGUCCAAGCGUUCAUCUCGGGCUGCAACGGAGGUCGGUCGGUCGACAAUAAGUGAGGCGACCGCUGCCACCAAGAUCCAGGCUGCUUUCCGAGGAUUCCUGGCGAGGAGAGCAAUGGGAACUCUGAAAAGACUGAUCAGGCUAAAGAACUUAAUCGAUGGAAGCGCCGUCGGGUCUCAGACCGCAAACAUGGUGCGCCGGUUGCAAGCCAUGGCGGUGGUUCAGGCACAGGUACGUUCGAGGAGGAUGAGGAUGGCCGAGGAACACCAGGCUCUGCUGCGGCAGCUGCAACUCAAACAAGAAAGAGAGCAGCAGAAAGCGAAGAUCGGAGAGUGGAAUGAUAGUCCUCGAUCCAAAGAGCAAAUCGAGGCAAAGCUACUCGACAGGCAGGAGGCUGCCACGAGAAGAGAGAGGGCAUUAACCUACGCAUUUGCCCGCCAGGGAAAGAGCUCUUCCAAAUCCCCGACUCCGAUGUUUAUCGACUUGAACAAUCUGCAAUGGGGUUGGAGCUUGUCGGAGCGAUUGACGGCGGCAGGGCCGCAGGAGAAGCACGGCCACGACGCUGUGAAGCCGAAGAGGAUCCUGUCGGCAGCUCAAAGACCAAGCCAGGCGCCGGUAACCCCGCGUUCUAACCCGGCAUCAAAAGCAUCAGUGAACCCAAGCAAGAGUAAGCCGAGUCCCAGAAACGAGUCGCCCGUGACGCCACGCUCCAAGCUGGCGUCGGUGGCGAGCAAGAAGACACCGGUGAGCCCGGGAACCGGCGCGUGGUCCGCGGACGACGGGUCGAGUAUCAGGAGCAGGCACCGGGUCACGAGGUCAUCGGUGAGCGACGACAGCAGCCUGUCGAGCGCGCUGUCUGUUGCGAGCUACACCCCGUCGACGGCGUCGACGAAAGCCAGGUCUCGGUUCCACAGCCCGCAAAGCGACGUCGCUGAAGGUUCUCAGAAGGGGUCUGUCGGCUCGGGGAAGAAGCGUCUCCCUUCUCCUGCGGCAGGGAAGAACAAGAAGAACAACGGAUCGUCUCAUGCAAGGAGGACCAAGUGAGGUCUUGAUCGUAAUGCACUGGUGCAGCGAAGCCGCAACUUGCACUAGCUAUUGAAUCCAAGCAAGGGGUUGUUCUCGACAGAGAGACAGCGAGGUUGCUUUAAAGUACAAAGAAUUGUUGUUUGUUUCAUUCCAAGUUGUUUUUGUUACUAGUAGCAGAAUGUUACUCGGUGAGAAACUCAAAAAUGACCCCUAACUCCUAAUUCCAAACAUAAUCUCGGUUUCGGAAUCGAUGAUUUCGACUUA